GGACUACUCGAGCCAUUCUGAGGAGAUUAUAUUCCUUUGGAGAAAGGAUAAAAGAGCCAAAGAGGGGAAAGUGCGCUGGAUGCUGUAAGUGUUGAUCAUGCCGCGGAGCCCCAUGUCCAGCGAGGAGGAAAUGGCUCAGAGUUUCUCUGACUCGGCGAGUUCAGAUUCCGACAGCUCCAGAGAUGAGUCUCCCAGGCUUGAUCGACCUACCAGUGGCCGACUGGACAACAGCCUGAGAGACACGCUGCUGAUCUGUGUGGUCAUCCCUGACCUGCAGCAAUCUAAAUCCAUGAGGUUCAAUUCUGAUGCCACAGUAUGGGUUGCCAAGCAGCAGAUCCUGUGUACGCUCACACAGAGUCUGAGGGAUGUGCUGAACUAUGGGCUGUUCCAGCCUGCGGUGGAUGGGAGAGAGAGUGGAUUCCUGGAGGAGGAAAGACCCCUGAGAGAUUAUCCGCUGCCCACCAACAAGGGCCUUCCUACCCUUGAGUUCCGUUAUAAAAGCAGAGUGUACCAGCAGCCAAACGUCAACGAAAAACAGAUCGAGAAACUCCACACGCAGGUCAACCUGAGAAAAUUUAUGGAAUACAUCCAACAUCAUGAGCUGGACAAAGUCGCCAAGCUGUUGGAGAGAGGGUUGGACCCCAACUAUCAGGACUCGGAAACUGGUGAGACGCCGCUAACUCUCGCUGCCCACCUAGACAAUAUGGUCGAGGUUAUAAUGACGCUGAAAAAUGGCGGAGCCCAUUUAGAUUUCCGUUCUCGGGAUGGAAUGACUGCCCUCCAUAAAGCUGCCAGGGCUAAGAAUCAGAUUGCCCUUAAGGCGAUGCUGGAUUUGGGAGCGUCUCCGGACUACAAAGACAGUCAGGGUUUGACUCCUCUCUACCAUACGGUAACCGUUGGGGGAGACCCCAGCAGCUGCGAGGUACUCCUGCGUGCCCACGCCAGCGUCGGAUGCCACGAUGAAAACGUCUGGCACGAAAUCCACCAGGCUUGUCGAUACGGCCACGUUCAACACCUGGAGCAUCUCUUGUUUUACGGCGCAGACAUGCAAGUUGAAAAUGCAUCUGGCAAUACGGCGCUUCAUAUCUGCGCCCUGUACAAACAGGAAAAGUGUGCCAAGGUUCUUCUGGUCCGUGGAGCCAGCAAAGACGUCAAGAACCAGCGUGGACAAACACCAUUUCAGGUGGCCAUUAUUGCUGGAAAUUUUGAGCUUGCAGAGAUCAUAAAAAAUCAGAAAGACACGGAUAUUGUGCCUUUUCGGGAGGCACCGGCAGGCACAGGUCGCAGCAGGCAGCUGCAGCAGACGCCCCCGCAGCACCAGGGCAGGAACACUCUGGCCGCCCCCCGCGUGCUGCUCCGCUCUAACAGCGACAACAACCUGAACGUCAACAAGCUCCCGCCAGACCGCUCGCGCUCACCCUCACCCCUGCGCAGCCUCUCGCCCCGCCACCCCCAGCAGAUGCAGAACAGCCCCAAUGGCACAGUGAAGACCAUGGCCCGGGGGGGACGCUCACCCCGAAGCCGUUCCCCUUCCCUGGGACGGCUAGGGGAGGGAGAUACCCGGAGACAGACCCCCCAGCGCCACAGCAGGGACGCCUAUUCCGGUAUGGACACCCCAGGGUCCAAACGCAAGCUGUAUAGUGCUGUGCCAGGACGACACUACGUGGUGGUGAAGCCUUACCAACCACAGGCAGAGGGCGAAAUAUCUUUAUACAAGAAUGACAGAGUCAAAGUUCUCAGUAUUGGAGAAGGAGGAUUCUGGGAAGGCAGCGCUCGAGGGAAUAUAGGCUGGUUCCCUGCGGAAUGCGUGGAAGAGAUCCCAAGCAAACCCGAAGACAGGCCCUAUGCCCGGGCGGACCGGUCAGAGAGGCGAAAGCUCUUUCGACACUACACUGUGGGAUCUUAUGACAGUUUUGAUGCAUCAAGCGACUGCGUUAUCAACGAAAAGACGGUCGUGCUGCAGAAGAAGGAUAACGAGGGAUUCGGUUUCGUGCUGCGAGGGGCGAAAGCUGACACACCCAUUGAAGAGUUCACCCCCACUCCGGCCUUCCCUGCUUUGCAGUAUUUGGAGUCCGUGGAUGAGGGUGGGGUGGCAUGGAAAGCUGGUCUAAGGACGGGAGACUUCCUCAUAGAGGUGAACCAGGAUAAUGUUGUCAAAGUGGGCCACAAACAAGUAGUCAACAUGAUCCGUCAUGGCGGCAACCACCUAAUCAUCAAGGUUGUGACAGUCAGUCGAAAUAUGGACCCUGACGACACAGCUCGAAAGAAAGCGCCUCCGCCACCACGGAGGGCUCCCUCCACAGCCCUGUCCAUGCGAUCAAAAUCUAUGACCUCAGAGCUAGAAGACCUAGUGGAUAAAGCCACUUUGAGGAAAAAAAAGGAUGAUCAGCUUUCAGAUAAUGAGGGUCUGAAGAAGAGGAUUGUAUUUCAAGUCACACUAAAUAAAGUGGAUGAAGUCGUGCCCCCUCAGAAGCCCACGUGGGACAACUCAAACGCCGACGUGAGGGUUGCGACGGUCAAACCACGUCCGAAUAGCAAGUGUUUUUCCGUCAGCCCUGAAAUGAAUUCUCUCUGCAAUAGUCAGGAUACAGCAGUAGACUCGACGCUCCCGCCAAGUAGUCUUAGAGCUCCCUACCUGGGUGUACCAAAGGGAACUAUACGACGGCAAACAUCUAUAGGAGUAACCGAAGAAGAGAAGCAGUUCCUCACUCCUCCAAUGUUGAAAUUUACAAGAAGCCUUUCAAUGCCUGACACAUCCGAAGACAUUCCACCCCCACCAGCCAUCUCUCCUCCAUCUCCACCUCAUAAUAAUGCUCCUGUCCCAGCCGGUCGAGGAUACGGCACCAUCAGACCAGGCUUUACUACACAGAGUCCUAAUGCAAACAGCACAGCCCCUGACAGAGGUGAGGGGUCUGGGUGGAGAGAUCAAGGCACGUUUUACAGAGACAGUCCCGAACAGUAUGAAUCUGAAGGGUACAACCAUAGUCCAACAGCCCAGCAGAGUCUUCACAUGCGUCGUGCACAUAUCCCGGAGAACCCUUACUCGGAUGUGGGAAAGUUAGGUCAUGCCGGACUGUUUGUACCCAACAAGCCUGCCAGAAGGAAGGGAAUGCUUGUGAAACAGUCCAACGUGGAGGACAGUCCUGAGAAGACGUGCUCCAUACCGAUUCCAACCAUAAUAAUUAAAGAGCCAUCCACCAGCAGCAGCGGGAAGAGCAGUCAGGGAAGCAGUAUGGAAAUUGAGACAACCACGCCAGACCACCCAGGGCAACUGCGUCCUGAAGACGGUCCAGGAAGUCCGUUUGCAGCAGCAAUCGCCGGUGCAGUCAGAGACAGGGAGAAGAGACUUGAUGCCCAUCGAAACUCCCCGUCUUUCAAGUCCACAGAUGCAGGCGACGAAGACGUGGUACCUACACCAGCCCCACGUCUCCGACACUCAAAGUCUAUCGAUGAGGGGAUGUUUAGCAGUGAUGAGAGGCUACGUAGGCUCAUGGCACCUCCCUCGUCCUUGCUUAGCAUUCCCAGAGGUGGAGGUAAUGUGACUGACUUCAACAGCCCUGAGCCUACCAUGGUACGGGAGCUAUUGAACACACGCACAGGACACAGCCCAAUCAGUCUGCCUGCUCACAAGACCUACACCUCAGGAAGUGGAAAUUACGUUCACCCGGUCACAGGCAAACCGUUAGAUCCCAAUUCCCCUUUAGCUUUAGCGUUAGCUGCCAGAGACAGAGCCAUGAGAGAGCAAUCACAGCCUCUUCCGCUAAAGAGCGACCUUUCCAAACUCGAUCUCAAUAAACCACUUUUCAUCGACACUAAGCUUAGACCAAAUGUGGAGGUUGGCUUCUCAAGAACCGCCACCAUGGGACGACCCCGCGGGGGCCUGCGCAGACAGAUGACGGAGUCCAAAUACGAGACGGAAUCCAAGUACCAGCUCGAUCUGGGCAAGCCUGAGAAGAGGCCGGAGGAGAAGAAAAACAUGCUGAUCGACAUUGUGGAUACCUCGCAGCAGAAGUCAGCUGGUCUGUUGAUGGUACACACCACAGAUGGGGUAAAAUCAGAGGAUAACAGCUUGUCUGAGGGCGACAGGGAUGAGGCGCUGAGUCCCGACAACACCCCCGGGGAGCUUCGCGACCCCAACCAGCCAGCUCCCGCCAACCCCCCUCCUCCCAAGUCGCUGUCAGCUGCUCCGCAUGGCAAGACCAUCAUAACUGUUAGCUCAGUGGACGAGCCUGUCAAGCUUCCCUUCGGCAUUCCUCCACCGCCCUUGGCCUCUGUCGACAUCGAUGAGGAGUUUGUGUUUGCCGAACCCCUGCCACCCCCACUGGAGUUCGCCAACAGUUUCGACAUUCCCGAAGACCAGGCGGGGUCUCUAGCUGAGCUUCUGAAACAGAAAGCGAAUGGCACAAAAGGGCCUUCACUCGCUCCAUAUUAUCCCACUUUAGGUUCAGAAAUCAAAAGACCAACGGUCCUUACAAACUGCACACCUCCCAGUUUCCCUCCAGGCCCGUUAGAGCCCUAUGAACAAAUCACUGACUCGGGCAUCGAGGUUGACAGCCGGAGCAGCGGCGACCCUCAGCUGGAGACCACCAGCACCAUCUCCACUGUGUCCAGCAUCUCCACCUUGUCUUCUGAAGGAGGUGAGACCCUAGACACUUGCACCGUCUAUGCAGAUGGACAAGCCUUUCUGGUGGACAGGGCUCAGAUCCUGUCUAAACCAAAACCCAAACCUGCCAUCAAGAGCAAUGCACUUUACAAGGACGCUUUGCCGGAGGAGAACGUCAGCUCUUUCAGAACUCCCUCCUCAGUCCCAGCUCCGCCCCCUGGAAGUAUUCCGCCGGAACCCUUGAAAACACCAACACAACGAACCUCAAAACUAUGGGGUGACCCUCCGGAUAUGAAAGCCCCCCAUGGCCCUGAAGCCAAGUCCCCUGGAACGGGGGAGAUGAAUUCAGUUCUGCAGCAUGUGAACAAGGACCAAGCACCAAAGCCAGGGGAAACAUUAGACUCUCCGACAGGAACCAGGACUCACUUUGGAACGAGAAAUCAGGAUGGUGUAUCACUCAUCUCAGGUACACAGCAGAACACCACCAUUACCUUCACUGCCCAGCCUGGCCCCAAUGUGCCUGCCCCGUCGCUGUGCCGUCAGGCAGAGAGCCUGCCUCCCCAUCAGCGCUCCCCAAGCCCGAUCAUGUCCCCUCCGGACUCCGGCCUCAGUUGUGCCUCUUCCCUCCCGACCUCGGUCACUUCCCCGACUAUGACGGACGUCUUUGGUCUACCUACACCACCCCUCAGCCUGGGCACAGGGCGUAGCCGCUCGCCUUCUCCUCUCACCCUCAUCCAGGCCACCUCGAAUAAGCCCUUCGCCUCAAAACCCGUCCUCAUGUGGAGCAAGCAGGAUGUGGCCGACUGGCUGGAGAGCCUAAACCUGGGCGAGCACAGGGACGCCUUUAUGGACAACGACAUCGAAGGCAGCCACCUGCCCAACCUGCAAAAGGAGGACCUGAUCGAUUUGGGCGUUACGCGUGUGGGCCACAGAAUGAACAUCGAACGGGCGCUAAAAGUACUCUUAGAUAGAUGAGACUGGGUGAGACAUCAUUACCUGGACUCGGCGCUUCUUGUUCAUAAGCUUUGUUUUCCUCUUCCCUUAUUUUGGUUCAAUAAUUUUGAAACUUUGUCGUCCUAUCAUGCUUUUCGGAGGAUUUUAGGAACUCUCACAUCCUGAAGAAACUCGAGCGUUCGAAUAUCCGCGCAAGCACAAGCGGUUCCCUACGUUUUUGAUCCAAGAGCUCCAGCACCAGAAAGGACAUUGAAGCCAACACACUGUAUGGAAUCUACAAAUAUGAGCUGACUGUCCUUUGGCUUUUCAGGACUUUGGCCUCCUUUGAAUGCACUGAAACCAGCAGAGCUGGGAAUCCAUUUUCUAUCUUUGCUAAGACAAUUCUACAGAGAAUAUUUCUUCAGGAAAAAAGGGAACCUUUGUCUAUGUAUCAGCUGCCUAUGAAAUAUCUUGCUUUUUCUCCUACACCUUUGACCGGGAGGUACACGAAUCUCUGAGACGCGAUUGGCGGGCAUUCAGAUGUCCUUCAGUUCCAGGAACGGGUCGCUUGAAACACAAGGUCAAUACUCCCUACGUGCGAACAAACGUAACAGUAGCAAGCAGCAGGUCUCUCCACCAUCUUUAAUCUUUUGAGUCUUUGAAUACACUAACAUUAGGUGUUUGUCUGAACGAUCGAAAUUUUUCUUGGGUCUUUUUGAAUUGUGGUUUACUAUUAGGUGUCUUCCAUAUGGUAAGGAGGUCUAGGCAUUCCCACCGACAUUUUAUUUGUACCUCCGAUCAACGCUCGGUUGCGCUGCUCGGUGUUGCCAGUCACUAUUAUUUUCCAGCGGUUUUGUAAUGGAACUAAAACAACGUCUUCACGGAAGCACGCAAGAUUAUAUUGUUGCCUGUUUUAACUGAGGUAUCGAGGUUUUUGGAAAAAAGUGACUUGUUUUGUUAACCGGUUAAUCUUUGAGUUGAACGCUGACGCAAUCACUUUAAAUUGGCCAGUAUGUAUCUGAAUUUUGCUUUAAAUGUGACACCUUCUUAAUGAGUUGAAUCAUUUUAUUUAUCUAUGAAUUUAUUUCUUGCAUAACUAUAACUCGCUAGAUCGGAUUGUUGGAUGGUAUAAAGAAUCGCGUAGAGCGCUACAGGAAACCUCCUUAAUCUAUACAUAUCAAUGUCGUCAAUUGUAACUGAUACAGGAUGUGACUUCAUAUCUGUAAUUUGUUGAGUAAUAUUAGGUUUCAAAUUUGAUUUCUUCUGGAUUUUCUUUAGUUCCCUCAACAAACAUCAAGUGGGUUAACAAAGCAAAUACUCAACUUUAACUCAAACACUCAAACUUAACUAGUUCCAAAUCAAAAGUGCUUUAAGUCAUUUUUAUUUACGUUCUGCAGCCCUUCUGAUCGAAGUGGGAAAGGUUUGCUUUUGCUUUCAAAUGACGUUUUUUAUUUCAUCAAUGUAACUGCAACGUGUGCCUAUCUGUGUUACAAUUUGACACACCACAACAUCUUCAGAUCUUCUCAAAGUGAAUCAGAAUAUUAAUUUUCCCAUUCUCAAAGAUUUUCUAAAAUCAUUGGACUCUAGAUAAAAUCCCGAAGCUGUUUAAAUAUUCCAUAGAUAUGAAAUACGACUGGAGGUACAUUUUCAUAUUUGUGAUACAUGUUGAACCAUAUUUUAUCAGACACGAAGAGACAGCCAGCAUUAAACAUUUCACCUUCAGUAUUAAGUUUGAAGCACUGUGGGUAAUGGCCGAACCGAGGGGAAACAGAUAUAUGUCGAGAAUGCCUGUGAAGGAAACAAAAGUAUGCAGAGAGAUUCAGAAAUAAAAAUUAUAUAUAUAUAUAUAUAUGAAUAUAUAUAUGUUUGCUUUUCUCUCGACCUUAGAGGAUUUAGAGUUAUCAUCUCUAUAUAUCUUAUUUUAGGAAACAGCACAGUAUUUUAAAGAUUUAUAGAAAUAUUUAUGAAAUUUUUAUGACAUUUAACUCUGAUAUGUGGUGUGCCAAAAAUCUAUGUGGUAUCAGUUAAAAAGCAAUACACAAAAACUUAAAGAACACUGUUUGGUCCUUCUUUGCCAGUAUUCCACAGUACAUUAUAUAAUAUAAUGAAAAGAAAUCUACAUAUACAUAGGUCUCAGUGAAUUAGAAGAUAUGAAAAUAAUGAGGUUAUGGCUGUCACCUGCUUCUUUUAGACAAUGUAAUUAAAGAAAGAAGUUCAAAUGUAGAUUUGUGUGGUGUGUGUACUUGACGAUUUCAACGAGCACGUAUUUUCAGACCGCUUACACCGAAUGAGCUCCGCUAACAUUUCCACCAGAAAUAAGCAAAUGCCAUGGCACUGGAUUGUGUGUAAACAGAAUUCUGAAGUGAAAAUUUUCUAGACGUUUUCAGAAGGUCCCGUCGAAUUCGAGUUGGACUAUGAUUUUUCAUUAGUUGUCUCUCACACACUUCCUGUUAGGAAUGCAUUCACUUGAUCUAUGUUACUGUAAUUUUGUGCUCAAAAUAGAAUUCAUGAUUAAAAUCAAAGAGAGAAGUUUUGUGACUGCACUUUCCUGAAACGCCUCAAUACAUAUGUAUGAACAGAACCAAAAUUUACGGAAAUAAAUACAAUUGCACAAUCUGUUGUUGAACUCAUGUAGCUGCUGUUCCUUCCAUGUGUUUUGUUUACAUAGUUUGUCUCGGGCUGGUUUUAUCCGGAUUUGUUACAUCCAUUCCAGGGCUUGUUUUGUUUGAAAUAAAUAGUUUCUCAUCUUAUAAGCAUGCAGUUUCA